GGGGGGUCAGGGGGCUCCUGAGUCUGCCUCAGAGGGGUGUCCGGAGCCUGGCGGUGAGGGCCAGAGGAAGGCAGACAGGCAGAGGUGGAGAGACCCAGCAAACGAAAGCCACGAGAGAAAGAAAGAGAAGGACCCCCAAAAGGGACAAGGACCCCAACAUUCAUCCACACAGCCACAGCGGCAGCUGGAGCCAGCCCUGGGAGAAGCUCUGCUCGCUGUCUGUCCCCAUGGGCCACCGUGGGUCAUGGCUGCACACUUUUCUCCUCUGGGCUGCCGUGGCCAGCCUCCUCCUCCCCCCUGCCAUGACCCAGCAGCUGAGAGGGGCUGGGCCGGGCCCCAGCAACUGGAACAACAAUGCAGGAGUCCCGGGGCCCCCAGAGGACGUGUCUGGUGAGUUUGGCCAUCCUAUCCACAGCCAUAGGGGCCAUGGAGAUGAGAACAAGGAUGUUUCCACAGAGACUGGGCAUCAAUUCCAGAGCCACAGAGACCACAAAGAAGCAGACGAAUAUGUCUCCAGGGAAUACGGUCACCGACCCCAGGGCCACAGGUACCAAGGCCAUGAGGUCGGAGAUGAGAAUGUCUCUGAGGAGGAGAUCUUCACAGAGCAUGCUCGGCAGGCCCACGGGCACAGAGGCCAUGGAGAUGAAGACGUGGAUGAUUCAGCCAAGCAUGGGCACCACUUCCCCAGCCACGGGAGCCACGGCCAUCAAGACGAGGACGAGGAUGAAGUUGUGUCCAGUGAGCAUCACCAUCGUAUCGUCAGGCAUGUACACCAAGGCCACAGAGGAGAAGAGGAUGAUGAAGAAGAUGAGGAAGAGGGGGGGCUCUCCACUGAGUAUGGACACAAGGCCUACAGACACGGAGGCCACAGGAAGGAAGAGGAUGAGGAUGUCUCAGGUGAACACCACCAUCAUGUCCCCAGCCAGGGGCACCGAGGGUAUGAAGAAGAUGAUGAUGAUGAUGAUGUCUCUACUGAGUACAGACACCCGGCCCACAGGCACCAAGGCCACGGGAAGGAAGAGGAUGAAGAGAUCUCAGAUGAACAUCACCAUCAUGUCCCCAGCCAGGGGCACCGAGGGUAUGAAGAAGAUGAUGAUGAUGAUGAUGUCUCUACUGAGUACAGACACCCGGCCCACAGGCACCAAGGCCACGGGAAGGAAGAGGAUGAAGAGAUCUCAGAUGAACAUCACCAUCAUGUCCCCAGCCACGGACACCGAGGCCACAAAGAAGAGGAAGAAGAAGAUGAGGAUGAUAAUUAUGAUGAUGAUGUCUCCACUGAGUAUGAACACCAGGCCCACAGGCAUCAGGGCCACGGGAAGGAGGAGGAUGAAGAUGCCUCAGAUGAACACUACCAUCAUGUCCCCGGCCACGGGCACCGAGGCCAUGGAGACAUGGAAGAUGAGGAUGAGUCCACUGAACACUGGCACCAAGUUCCCAGACAUACCCACCAUGGCCUUGGAGAUGAGGAGGAGGAGGAAGAGGAGGACAUCACAGUCAAGUUCAGCCACCAUGUUGCAAGCCACCAACCCCAAGGCCACAAGAGCUCUGAGGAAGAGGACUUCUCAGGUGAAUAUAAAACAGCAGUCCCCAGCCAUCACCACCACGGAGUCCCCAAGGAGGAAGACGAGGACAUCUCUGCCAAGGUUGGCCACCAGGCUCCCAGCCACAGGCAGCAAGGCCACAGAGAUGAACGGACUGGCCACAGAGGGUCCAUCAAAGAGGAGACUAGCCCCCAGCCCCCAGAACAAACGGGGGUCAAGGAUAGAAGCCAUUUCAGGGAGAGAGAUUCUGAGGAGGAAGAGGAGGAGGAGGGGGAAGAGGACCAUGGCUCCCAGGAGGAAGAUGAUGACGGUUCAGAGCUGGGAGAAGACACCUAUCACAGCAGCCUAGAGCAGGAAGAUGAGGAAGAUGAGGAGGAAGGUCAUGGGCUCAGCCUGAGCCAGGAAGAGGAGGAAGAGGAGGAGGAAGAGGAGGAAGAGGUGGAGAGGAGGGAAGAGAGGGCUAAGGUUCAGGCUCCACUGAGCCAAGAGCACCAGGAGGAGGAAGACGAGGAAGAGGAGGGGCUGCAGGAAGACAAGCUCCCCUUCACCAUCAUCCCCAACCCACUGGCUAGGAAGGAGGUGGCUGGAGGUGCCUCCAGUGAGGAGGAGAGUGAUGAGGACACUAGUCCACAGGAUGCCCAGGAGUACGGGAACUACCAGCCAGGGUCCUUGUGUAGCUACUGUUCCUUCUGCAAUCGAUGCACUGAAUGUGAGAACUGUCACUGCGACGAGGAGAACAUGGGAGAGCACUGUGACCAGUGCCAGCACUGCCAAUUCUGCUACCUCUGCCCCCUGGUCUGCGAAACAGUCUGCACUCCAGGAAGCUACGUCGACUAUUUCUCCUCGUCCCUGUACCAAACCCUGGCGGACAUGCUGGCAACUCCGGAACCCUGACCCGGCCGCGCGGCUGCGCGCAGACGUACCUCUCUGGCCCUCCAACCCCCUUCCACGAGCCAUAUUUAUUUCUCUGAAUAAAC